CAAACAAAAGGGAGAAUCCCCAACACCCACACACUUCACAACACAAAAUGGCCUCCUCUUCAACCCCACCUUCUCCUCUUGAUUCCAGUCCUAGAGAAGACCUGUGGGCUGAAUGGCUGGAACCAUUAACAAAAUGGCAAACCUUUGGACUGUACUUACCAGGAAUAAAACAAAAGGACAUUGAUAAGAUUGAAGAGGACAAGACUGGAGUGGAGAGUAGGAAGAUGGGACUGUGGACUAAAUGGACUGGGGUAUAUCCACCUGGUACAUGGACUGAUGUCAUUAGUGCUCUUAAGAGACUGAAAGAGAAUGCACUAGCAGCUGACAUUGAAGAGAGACUGAGGAAAGGAAAAGUAUUUGAAAUUAAAAGUCCUCCUGCUGUUGCUCCUCCCCCUCCAUCAGUUGAUAUUAAUAAAUUAAGACAAAUAAUAACUGAAGUGAUACGAACCAACUCGCUACAUUCAAUAAAAUGUGAUGUAAAGACAUUGUUAAUCAGAUUAUAAGAAGCAUAAUGAAGGUGGUACCACUGCUUCUGCUUGUAAGUAUAAGUAUUAUUAAUGAAGUAUAACUAGUACAGACAUUCAUUCUUACUUA